AGAUACGGCAGUAUUCUAAAAACCUGGGACCGAGGCGGAUAAGAUUUUGACGAAGAAAUGAUUUUUUUUUGCUUUAUCAUUAGACAAUAAGCUCGUCUCUCAAACCACAUUCUUUGAUUGUCUCGCAACCUUACUCCCUUCUUUCCAAGUUCCUACAAAUAUAGGAUCUUGAAGAAUGGAUUCGGACAUGGUAGUACACAAUGGUGGAUGCCACUGCAAAAAGGUGAGAUGGAAAGUGAGAGCACCAUCCAGUGUUUUAAUCUGGCAAUGCAACUGUUCUGACUGCUCCAUGAGAGGCAAUCUGAGCUUCUCCGUCCCAUUAGAAAGGUUUGAGCUUUUCGAAGAUUCCAAACAAUUCCUUACCACCUAUACUUUCGGCACACACACAGCGAAGCACACUUUCUGCAAAGUUUGUGGCAUAACCUCCUUCUACAUUCCAAGGUCAAAUCCGGAUGGCAUAGCAGUUACAUUCAGAUGUGUGGAUCCUGGAACAAUAACUCAUGUUGAGAUCAGGCAGUUUGAUGGAAAAAAUUGGGAGAGAUCAUACGCUGAAUCAGGCAUUGCUUCCUAUUCGAAAGUGCCGGAUAAAAGUUCUGAAUGAAAUCGUUGUAAGAACAAAAAUGUGUUCGUGAAAAAUGUAGACUCAAAAUUUGCACUCCGUUUUCAGGUUGAUGGAUUUGAUGUAAUUGUAUCUCCAGCAACUACUGUAAUGAGUCAGUGAUGAUUUCAAAUGAUUUCAACUGUUGAAGCUAAAGUAAAUGAUUUAGCAUA